AUGCUGGACCCGUCUUCCAGCGAGGAGGAGUCGGAGGAGCUGGUGGAGGAGGAGAGCGGCAAGGAGGCGCUGGCGCCCGCCGCUGCCGCCCGGCUCUCGCCCAGCCGCCCCGGAGAGGGCCCCGGCCCCGGCGGCGGUGGUGGCGGAGGCGGCGGCGGCGGAGGAGGAGGAGGAGGUGGAGGAGGAGGAAGCAGCGGCAGCGGUGGGCUGCAGCCGGGCGGGCGAGCUGGCGGUGCGGCUCGGCCCGCCAGCCCCAGCCCCUCGGUGGCCAGCGAGAAGGAGAAGGACGAGCUGGAGCGGCUGCAGCGCGAGGAGGAGGAGAGGAAGAGGAAGCUGCAGCUCUACGUCUUCGUCAUGCGCUGCAUCGCCUACCCCUUCAACGCCAAGCAGCCCACCGACAUGGCCCGCCGGCAGCAGAAGAUAAGUAAGCAGCAGCUCCAGACAAUCAAAGAUCGUUUCCAGGCCUUUCUCAAUGGAGAAACCCAGAUUGUGGCAGAUGAAGCAUUUAUAAACGCUGUCCAGAGCUACUAUGAGGUGUUCUUGAAAAGCGACCGCGUUGCAAGGAUGGUGCAGAGCGGAGGGUGCUCAGCGAACGACUCCCGAGAGGUCUUCAAGAAGCACAUCGAGAAGAGAGUGCGCAGCCUGCCCGAAAUCGACGGCCUCAGCAAGGAGACGGUCCUGAGCUCCUGGAUGGCCAAGUUUGACGCCAUUUACCGUGGCGAGGAGGAUCCCCGCAAGCAGCAGGCCAGGAUGACAGCGAGCGCGGCCUCUGAACUCAUCCUCAGCAAGGAGCAGCUCUACGAGAUGUUCCAGAACAUUCUGGGGAUCAAGAAGUUCGAACAUCAGCUGCUGUACAACGCUUGUCAGCUGGACAACCCGGACGAGCAAGCGGCACAGAUCAGACGCGAGUUAGAUGGGCGUCUUCAAAUGGCAGAGCAAAUUGCCAAGGAGCGCAAGUUUCCAAAGUUUGUGUCCAAAGAAAUGGAGAACAUGUACAUCGAGGAGCUGAAGUCGUCCGUCAAUCUCCUGAUGGCAAACUUAGAGAGCAUGCCUGUGUCUAAAGGAGGCUCCGAGUUCAAGCUGCAGAAGCUGAAACGUAGCCACAACACCUCAAUAAUUGACAUGGGAGAAGAAAACGAGAACCAGCUUUCCAAGUCGGACGUGGUGUUGUCGUUCUCCCUGGAGGUCGUCAUCAUGGAGGUGCAGGGGCUGAAGUCGCUGGCCCCCAACCGUAUCGUGUACUGCACCAUGGAAGUGGAAGGUGGGGAGAAGCUGCAGACUGACCAGGCUGAAGCCUCGAAGCCGACCUGGGGCACCCAAGGAGACUUCACGACAACACACGCGCUUCCUGCAGUGAAGGUGAAGCUGUUCACAGAGAGCACAGGCGUGCUGGCGCUGGAGGACAAAGAGCUUGGGAGGGUUGUUCUCCACCCUACUCCCAACAGCCCAAAGCAAUCAGAGUGGCACAAAAUGACAGUUUCCAAAAACUGCCCGGAUCAGGAUCUGAAGAUCAAGCUUGCUGUACGAAUGGAUAAACCUCAAAACAUGAAGCACUCUGGAUAUUUAUGGGCCAUUGGUAAAAACGUUUGGAAGAGAUGGAAGAAACGCUUCUUUGUCCUGGUCCAGGUUAGUCAAUAUACGUUUGCUAUGUGCAGCUACCGGGAGAAAAAAGCCGAACCUCAAGAGCUGCUGCAGCUCGACGGAUACACUGUGGACUACACCGACCCGCAGCCAGGUUUGGAAGGUGGCAGAGCAUUCUUCAACGCCGUGAAGGAAGGAGACACGGUGAUUUUUGCAAGUGACGAUGAGCAGGACCGCAUCCUGUGGGUCCAAGCCAUGUACCGAGCCACCGGCCAGUCUCACAAACCUGUGCCGCCUACCCAAGUGCAAAAGCUAAAUGCUAAAGGAGGAAAUGUUCCCCAGCUAGACGCCCCAAUCUCUCAAUUUUAUGCAGAUAGAGCUCAAAAGCAUGGCAUGGAUGAAUUUAUCUCUUCCAAUCCCUGUAACUUUGACCACGCUUCACUCUUUGAGAUGGUUCAGCGCCUCACUUUGGACCACAGACUUAAUGAUUCCUAUUCUUGUCUGGGCUGGUUUAGUCCUGGCCAGGUCUUUGUGCUAGAUGAGUAUUGUGCACGUAAUGGAGUGAGAGGCUGUCACAGACAUCUCUGCUACCUCAGAGAUUUGCUAGAGCGCGCAGAAAAUGGAGCUAUGAUUGACCCCACCUUACUUCACUACAGCUUUGCCUUUUGUGCAUCACAUGUUCAUGGCAACAGCCACCACAUGGCAGAGUUGCUUGGCGGGUCACAGCCAAGCGCAGACGGCGAGGGGGGCAAAGUGUCUCAUGCCUCUGCCGCUGAAGUGGAGACAAAAAAGGAUUCCAAAAAGGAGUCCAAAAAAAGGAAAGAUUCCAAAUCCCAUGCGAAUCCAGAGCCGAAAAGGCCGGACGGGAUAGGAACGGUAACCGUAGAUGAGAAAGAGCGAUUUGAAGAGAUCAAGGAGCGGCUGCGUUUGCUUCUGGAGAAUCAGAUCACGCAUUUUAGGUACUGCUUUCCAUUUGGCCGUCCAGAAGGUGCUCUAAAAGCUACUCUCUCACUGCUGGAAAGGGUCCUGAUGAAAGACAUAGUUACUCCAGUCCCUCAAGAGGAGGUAAAAACAGUCAUCCGUAAAUGCUUGGAGCAAGCAGCUCUAGUCAAUUAUACUCGACUAUCAGAGUAUGCCAAAAUUGAAGAAAAUGUAGGCCGGUUAGUCACACCAGCUAAAAAGUUAGAAGACACAAUACGUCUGGCAGAAUUGGUAAUUGAAGUCCUCCAACAAAACGAAGAACACCAUGCAGAGGCCUUUGCUUGGUGGUCAGACUUAAUGGUCGAGCACGCGGAGACCUUCCUGUCACUGUUUGCAGUGGAUAUGGAUGCUGCGUUAGAGGUGCAACCCCCAGACACAUGGGACAGCUUUCCGCUCUUUCAGCUUCUAAACGAUUUCCUCCGUAGUGACUAUAAUUUGUGCAAUGGAAAAUUCCACAAACACCUCCAAGACCUGUUUGCUCCACUUGUUGUUAGAUAUGUCGAUCUGAUGGAGUCCUCAAUUGCACAGUCAAUUCACAGGGGCUUUGAGCGGGAGUCAUGGGAGCCAGUAAACAAUGGAUCAGGCACCUCGGAAGAUCUGUUCUGGAAACUGGACGCCCUACAGACUUUCAUUCGGGAUUUGCACUGGCCUGAGGAGGAGUUUGGGAAACACUUGGAGCAGCGCUUGAAGCUUAUGGCAAGUGACAUGAUCGAGUCCUGCGUGAAGAGAACCAGGAUUGCGUUUGAAGUAAAACUGCAAAAAACCAGCCGAUCAACAGAUUUCCGAGUCCCUCAAUCAAUAUGCACCAUGUUUAAUGUCAUGGUAGAUGCCAAAGCUCAGUCAACAAAGCUUUGCAGCAUGGAAAUGGGCCAAGAGCACCAGUACCAUUCAAAAAUAGAUGAACUAAUUGAGGAAACCGUCAAAGAAAUGAUAACACUCCUAGUGGCAAAGUUUGUCACCAUUUUGGAAGGAGUCUUGGCCAAACUGUCUAGAUACGAUGAAGGAACUUUGUUUUCUUCUUUCCUGUCAUUUACUGUGAAGGCUGCUUCUAAAUACGUGGAUGUACCCAAGCCGGGGAUGGAUGUUGCUGAUGCCUAUGUGACAUUUGUCCGCCACUCUCAGGAUGUCCUGCGUGAUAAGGUCAAUGAGGAGAUGUAUAUAGAAAGGUUAUUUGAUCAAUGGUACACCAGCUCGAUGAAUGUCGUCUGCACCUGGCUGACAGACCGCAUGGACCUGCAGCUUCACAUCUACCAGCUGAAAACCCUCAUUAGGAUAGUCAAGAAAACGUACCGGGAUUUCCGAUUGCAAGGCGUGCUGGACUCCACCCUGAACAGCAAAACCUACGAGACCAUUCGGAACCGGCUGACGGUAGAGGAGGCCACGGCGUCGGUCAGCGAAGGCGGAGGGCUCCAAGGCAUCACCAUGAAGGACAGCGAUGAGGAGGACGAAGAGGACGACUAGGGGAGCUGGCCUGCAGGACCGCCCGGGGCUCGCCUGGUGUCCGUGCAUGUACCUCGUCUGUAACUCAGUUAGCCACAUUAGGAAAUUUUCUGUCAGCUCUAAACGCCCAUGAGAAGUUUACCAAUACAAAUGCCAUGUUAGCUGUGUGGUAAUAAGGUUAGCACCUCUCUUUGAUUCAUUGGUUUCCUGAUUUCAUAUCUAUAUGUUCAUAAGCAAUAUGGAGCACCGUUGUUUAAUACUGUUACUGGAGAACUACAUAGAAAACAUACUAGGUGUGUCCCUGUUAUAAUUAAAGUUUAAACAAUGCUUCAUUAAUGUACUGUAUAUACAUUGAUGGUAAAUUGUUGUGAAGAUGAGUGAAUCGAGUCCUUUCAUUUCUUUGUUUCUCUUCUGUGGAUGCCAACUGCUUACAAUUAAUUAAAAAACAGCUUUGUUUUUAAAAGAAAAACGAGGCAAUUACAAAUGAUUUUUUUGUUCUCUCUGUUCAUUUAAAAAACAGAAAACAAACAAACCCAGACAGCCGUUUGAAUCAUUCUGCAUCCUUGUUAAUGUAUCAGGCUCUUCCCUUCAAUAUGCAGUUAACUCCAUAGAGGCUACAUCCCAGAGGAUUAGUCAUUCUAAUUGCCACACCAAAUUAAUCCUAUCAUUAUGGAUAUAUCAUGCCACAUUACAAGUCCAAAGCAGUUGUUUUAUGUUGACGUUUGCUCCUCUAAAUGUUACAUUUUUGUUUAAAUUUCCAAUAACCGUGUAUGUACAAAGACAACUUUAAUUACAAUCUUAGACUAUACAAAUGUGUUUAUAAUAAUAUAUUGAAUAUUUAUUUCGGUAGAUUGUAACCAUAAUUUACAAUUCCUCUGUUUCACAAUGGUUUUUAUAUAUGUCAUGUACAUUGCAUUUUGACCGGUAACUGCAUGUCCAUCAGUCCCCCUUCCAGAGCUUUUACUUUCUGUGUAAAAUAGUGAUCCAUCUUGCUUUUUUUGCCUUAUACAAGCCGACAGUUGUAAAAGUGUGAGAACUGUGGCUUCUCAAUAAAUAACUAUUCAGAUGUCCUAAGAAUAAAUUAUGGAGUCUUUUUAUGUCUGCCUUAGGAAAAAAAAAAAAAAAAAAAG